AACAAUAAAAUUAGGUUAUGUUUGUACAUACCUGUAAAUUAUUGUGUUUCAUUCCCUGAUUACUGAUUUUGAUUUGAUUCAUUCAUUAUUCAUUCUAAUCUAAGAAUGUUGUGUCUAAGAUAAGAUAAAUAGUGUUAUUUAGCUAUUAAUUCAAUACCAAAGAAUGUGUAGCCAUCUACGGUUGCUUUGGAGUAGUAAUAUCUUGGGAGUUGUUAGAUAUUUUGAUGCCAAGCCAAAACCGAAAUUUUAAGGACUACUAAAAACUAUUUCUGCUACAUUUAAUAAUGGCAGCACCUCCUCAUCAUUUUAUGCAAAAUUUGAAUAAUCCUCAGCCAACUGCAAUGAGGAGUUCUUUUGGACCAACUCCAAUGCAGACCCAAAUGGCUCCAGGUAGCAUGCAGAAUACCAUGCCAACACAAAUGCCUGUUCAGUUGUCUAAUCCAAUGGGUAGCCCCUUGGUGCCACAAAUGAACAAUCCAAUGAAUGGAACCAUGACAAAUCCAAUGAAUCCCAGUUUGAAUGGGGGUUCGCCAAUGUUAAGUCAGAUGAAUCAGCACUACAACAUGAGCAGCACAAUGAAUGGGGCUCAAAUGGCACCCCAUCAACCUCCUACACAGAUGCCUAUGCAGUCAAGACCCAUGGAAUUUACACCUGCUCUGAAUCACCAUGAAAUGCCUCAACAAACUCCAACGGUUGCUCCAACACCCCCAUCAGUUCCUGUACAACAGCAACAGCAACAAGCCAAAGAAUUCAAUACUGCGUCGUUAUGCAGAUUAGGACAAGAGACUGUUCAAGAUAUUAUUAGUAGAACCCAAGAAGUGUUCCAGACUUUAAAACAGAUUCAGCCUCCUAAUGGAACUCCUCAAUCCCUUAAUACAAGCAACGAAAAAAAGGCCAAAGUUCAAGAACUGCUCCGUACAAUUAGGGUUCUUUUCAAAAGACUUCGAUUAAUAUACGAAAAAUGUAAUGAAAUUUGCCAGCUACAGGGCAUGGAAUACACCCAUAUUGAAAGUUUGAUUCCGUUCAAAGACGAACUGGAUCCGAAGCACGACGAGAAGAAAAACUCUGAAGCUUAUCGAACAGCUUGUGAUGAGAGUAAGGAAGUAAUGGAGCAGGUCGUUUUGAAAAACAAACAGCUCAAAGAGGUUAUAGAUCACUUAAGGCGUAUUAUUUGGGAGAUCAACACAAUGCUCACUAUGAGAAAAUCAUAGCAAAUAUCAGCGAAAUAACAUUACAUAGAGUAUUUUUCUAUUUAAUUACUCUUUAACCAUUACUAACCAUUAAACUCAAACUUAAAAAGUCAAACAAUUAAGAAUGGACGUCAUAGAUUUAAUGACGUCAUAACCUACCCGUACAAACUUAACGGCAAACAAAUUCAACAAAGUAAGUUAUCAAUCGAAGUAGCACAGAAAACGACAAUAAAUAUCGUUCCCAUAGCACCAUAUUGACAACAGGUGGAAUACUUUCUUUGGUUACAACCUUACGAGAUUUUCAAAAAUUAUGAAUCAUACAGGAUGCCAAGGAAAUAAAGAUGAGAGAAUUUUAAAUAAUUCACAACUCAUCUGCUCAGCGUGGUAAAAGUUCUAACAAGAAAGAUUCUUUAAUACUCCUACAAAAGAGUAAAUGAAUUAAAAAUGUAUAAACAUUUUCAAUUUCUUUGCAGCACGAAAAUGCAGCAGCUGCAUAAUACUCUGGUUAAAUGGAGAGUGCAGGAAGAGGCUAUACCGGUUUCGGAGGUCUUUUCCCCCUCAUCAGUAGUCCCAUAUCUUCUUCUCUCCGAUUUCUCCAGGCAUCACACUUUGGGCCUUUCCGAAUUUGCCCAGCCUUUGCAAUUCUGAAAGGCCCAAAGUGUGAUGCCUGGAUAAAUCGGAGAGAAGAGGAUAUGGGACUACUGAUGAGGGGGAAAAGACCUCCGAAACCUGUAUACUCUUCCUGCACUCUCCGAUUUAACCAGAGUAUUAUGCAGCUGCUGCAUUUUCGUGUUGCAAAGAAAUUGAAAAUGUUUAAACAUUUUUAAUUCAAUUUUAAAGUCAAAAGGCAGAUAUCGAGCACUGAAUUUAAUUAAAUCUUGCCCAAGUAUACUUUCGCUCACAAGAGCAUCCUCAGGGGCAUUUCGUCAAUAAAAAGAAGGUAUCCUCGAAUGUCAUUUUAUUAAUAUAAAUAAUUUUGGUGGCAAAUUUAAAUUAACAUCUAACUAAACACUGAACAAGGGACAAAACAGAUAAAUUAAAUUGCCAGUAGCUUCUACAUUUUACAAUAUGGAGGCAGAAAUAUUUUUAAUUCAUUUACUCUUUUGUAGGAGUAUUAAGGAAUCUUUCUUGUUGGAACUUUUACCACGCCCACGCUGAGCAGAUGAGUUGUGAAUUAUUUAAAAUUCUCUCAUCUUAAUUUCCUCGGCAUCCUGUUUGAUUUAUAAAUUUUGAAAAUCUCAGGAGGUGUAACCAAAGAAAGUAUUCCACCUGUUGUCAAUCUGGUGGUAUGGGAACGAUAUUUAUUGUCGUUUUCUGUGCUACUUCGAUUGAUAACUUACUUUGUUUUUCGGUAGAUGGCUCUAGUUCAUCCGUGACAUUUCUUUCUUUGCAAUUCGGAAAGGCCCAAAGUGUGAUGCCUGGAGAAAUCGGAGAAAAGAGGAUAUGGGACUACUGAUGAGGGGGAAAAGACCUCCGAAACCGGUAUAGACUCUUCCUGCACUCUCCGAUUUAACCAGAGUAUUAUGCAGCUGCUGCAUUUUCGUGUUGCAAAGAAAUUGAAAAUGUUUAUACAUUUUCAAAUUCAACAAAUUUUUCCUCAUAUAUUAGUUUUUUCGCUACCCUCAAGUUUGGCAGGAAAGCGCUGUUGCCAAAUAAAAACGUAUACGUACAUAUUUACGAACGCAGAUACCGGCUAUACUGUUUAUCUUUGGUUUUAAGAGUGUGAAACAAAGAUAACUGUCUGCAAAUACGUUGUAUCCUAUAGAAGGUUAUGUAAAAUUUUUGUUUGUUUUUUUUCUUCUUCUUUUAUGGCCUUCGGGAGCUGUGCCCAUUUAGCCAGGAACAUUUCUUAAAAUUAACGCCUAAUUAAACCUACCAUACAACAACCCUAUUACGAAUCUAGUCGACCAAUCAAGAAUAAGGAAGGGAAAGCGAAGAUGGUUAUAAAAUAAACUGUCGUUAAAAUAUAAACUUAAUAAAUAAAAUAUAAUUUGAAAACAAUAAUUUGACAUUAUAUUUUUAACCUCUAAUAUUAUGACAGACGACAGUUACUAUUUACAAUUUCACCAAAUAUAAUAAUGACGUCGUAUAAACUCGUCACUAAUUUUAGCCAAUGAAAUGCUCGCUAUAAUAAGAAUGGCAUGUCAUAAAAAUCUGAUUAUUCCCUACAAUUUUUUCAAAUUUAGAAUAUGGCAACAUGGGGAAAAUUACGUGCAUUCCUUAUUGUUUGACUUUUCCAUUAUUAUACCAAAUACUAUAGACUGCAAUAUGUACAUAUAACUCUUAAAAUUUCCCAUUAAUUUUGAGGAAGCAAAAAAAUAGCGCCAUCUAGCGGUAUGAGUAGAAUAACCACUAAUAACCAGAGCAAUCUAACCUUACAUUUAUAAAAUUGCUUUAUUAUUGUUUUUAUAUAAGUGUUAGAACUAUUUUUAUUUUAAUUUAAUUUAGCAAAAUUAGCUCGUUAUUCAAAAAUUUAUAAAAUUAAAUUUGAAUGUUUACGUCAAAUUUUACGUUGUCAAAACGUAGUUCAACUCAAGUCGAUAGUGGCGCUAGUGGCAACGUGCUUCCAGAUUUCUGUGGGAGUUGGAUGUAUUACAGUCAAUAGUAUUUGAUUAUACUCACUAAUCAUUACUUUUAUGGUUGCUAUAAAAACUGAUUUAUCAGCGUAACCAGAAAAGGAAUGUUGUUUGCUUCAAAACGGAAUGGAAUUUUUAUUAUUUAUUGUAUAAAUAUUUAUCAAGAACUAAAUUAACCUACUGAUGACACUUUUCCUCCGAAUUCUAAAUAUAAAUGUUGUCAAACUUAUUGUUAUUCGUUAUUUUUUUAAAUUUUUUUUGUAGAUUGACUUGUAUCUAUAUAAUUUGAGCAAUAUUUUUACUUUUCGACAACUUUUGUAGGGGGAAGUUCGUUGUACUUAAAAUAUUUGUGCAAAAAAUAAAAUAUUUUUAACUUUUAAUACUUUUUAAUAACUGAAUAUUUUUCGAACUAUAAAUAAUAUUGUUAUUAAAAUUUUUAAUUUAAAUGUGUAGAAAUCUACAAAUAAUAUAAUUAUGCAGUCGCCAUCUACAGGAUUGCUUUGAAGUAACCGUGACCAUUUCUCUCAUUUGUUACUUAUUUCUGUAUGCGUCUUAUGGCCGGUUUCACCAACGAUAAAUAAUAGUUUAUUCUAAAUAAAGUUAUUCGACCAAUAAAGUGAUAUUUCUCCAUUUUACUAAUACUAACGUCAAAUAAGACUUAUUUUAUUUAUUUAUCAAAUAAAUAUUUACUCUUCGAAUAAAUUGGAAAAUUAAUCUCGCUGUAAAAAUUUAUAUGAAAGUAAAUUCGUAAGUUUAACUUUAAAUUAUCAAAAUUAUAUUGAAACAAAAUAAAAUUAUAAAACGUCUAAUAAAUUUUAUUCGACAAAUUACUAUUCAUUGAUUUAUUUGUUGUUGGUGAAACCGGACCUUAGUAAUAUAUCAUGUUAUUCAAUGCCACUAAAAUGAGUCCUUUUAAAAAAAUGACGAAAAUUGCGUUUACUUUAAUAUCUUCUCCGGUUAUGGUGGUAACUACUAAAUAUAGGUAAUGUUUGUGUUAUUGUUGCCUUAAAUUUUGGAUGUUUAUAGCUUUAUGUAUUUUUGUAUAUAUGUAUUUAUUAUUUAGAAUAAUAUUUAAGUCAAUUUUUAAACUUUUUGUUUAUUAUUUUUAAAAAAUAAUUUUAAUAGUUUCUAAUUUAAGAAUUUAUUGAUAUCAAAAUUUUAAAUUACUGAGUUUUUGGUAAGAAAGUAAAUGACAACAUUGAAAAUUCUUUUAUCAGUAAUAAGUAGAUUUAAGUAUCUUAUUUUUUAUAUAAUUGAUUUUUACUGUAUUUCCAAAAAUAAACAGUAUCGAAUUUAAAA